GAUAGAUUAAGGGAAUAUAUUUAUAUUUGAGCUAUAAGUAAGAAAGAAUUAAAUAAUAGAAGAUAACAAUCAUCAAUUAUCUUUUGAUUCUCUCUCAUUCUUCACCUUCUUUCACCUUCUUUCUUUUUCUUUCAAUCAACUCUAAAAGCAAGAAUCUUAUUUGUCUUCGUGACUUUUCAACGUUUAGCGCAGGAUAUGGCUUGCUACAAUCUUAACGAAGAGGAAAAGCAAAAUUGUAAAAGAAUAUUUUCGUAUUUUGAGCAUAAAAACGAUGGUUUAAUAAAUAAGAAUGACGUUGGUAUGGUAUUAAGAGCGUCGGGAAGAAAUCCAACUGAGGAAGAGUUGAAUGAAAUAUUGAAUGACUUUGAAAAAUGUAAUAAGAUUACAUUUUCCCAGAUAUUAGUUAUGAUGGAUAAAACGUUUAAGCACGAUCAAGGUGAAUCAGAUGAUUUUAAUGAAGAGGAAACGAUUGAAAGGGAGGAAGAAGCACUUGUUGAGGCUUUUAGCAUUUUUGAUAAAGCUAAGGAUGGCUUUAUAGGCGUUCGAGAAUUGAGAAGGAUCAUUACAGAUCUGGGUGAAGGAUUAUCAAAUGAGGAGGCUGACAAUUUAAUAAAACAGGCAGACAAAUCAAAGAAUGGCCAAGUAGAUUAUAGAGGUAAAAAAAUAUUGUUGAAUGAUUACUUAUCAAGUCUGUUUCUCUCUCUCUCUGUCUCUCUCUCUCUCUUAUCCUAUGUAUAUUUUUUUUAUCUUAUUCACAGAAUUUUCAAAAUUGAUCAUUAAAUCAAUGAAAUAAUAAAAUAAAAUUUGCUUUCACAAACGAAACGAAUUCAAUUUACAAAGUUAGAGAAUUUGGCAUGAAGAUCUGGAACGAAUUUCUGGAUAAACUCUUAAACUUUGAUCAUAAAUCCAUAAUUUCUUAAUAGUUUUUUUACCCUUUAAUCUAUAUUUUAUCUCAUUAAUUGGUAUUAUUAAUAACUUUUGCCUC